GCCGCGGCGGAACAUUCUGCGAGCCGUCGCUCUCGUCGCCUGGCCCGCCCGGCGGCGGCGGUUGCGGGGUCUAAAAAUGUUUCAAAAAAAAGAGUAUUUUGGAACCAGCGCUGCCAAAUCAGGAAACGGGCACGACGCGGGCGGGGCGGGGAGCCAAAAUGGCGCUCCCGGGCCCGGCGGCGACCCGCGCGGCGGUGAGGCUCUGCCGGAUCGCGGCGAGCGCUUCCUCGUAUUUGCCGUCUGCGGCGGCCGACGGAAGGAGGGAGCUGGAGCUGCCGUUCGCGCUGGUGGCGGAGCGGGGGAUGGUGGUGGGCGGCCACCGCGGGAUGGGGAUGAACGCGGUGGGGGCACCGCCCGGGGCGCGCUUCGGGGCCGCCAGGGAGCGGGAGAACACGCUGCUCUCCUUCGGCCGAGCCGCCGCACAUGCUGCCGUCGCCUUCGUCGAGUUCGACGUCCAGGUCACAAAAGAUGGCUGCCCAAUAAUCUUCCAUGACGAUUUCAUCCUAACACAAGGGACCGGGGCUGUACAUGAAAGGCGUGUUACUGAUCUUCUCUUGGAAGAUUUCCUCUCUUAUGGGCCACAAAGAGAAUCUUGCAAGGUGUCAUACCUUCUUGCUAUAUAUUUUUUUUCAUGCGAAGUCCAUGAAUGCAUGCUGAAGGCACUGAUAUAUUCACUCUCCUUUGCACUGGCCUUUCAGGUCUCCAAGCCAUUACUUAGACGGGCAGGAGAUGGUAGAGUCCUUAAUUGGACUACAGAAGAUGACGAUUCCCUUUGCACAUUGCAAGAGGCCUUUCAACGUGUCAGUCCUCGCCUGGGAUUUAACAUUGAGCUGAAGUUUGAUGACAGCAUUAUGUAUCACAGGAAAGACCUUCAGUGUGCUCUUAAAGCUGUAUUGCAAGUUGUUUUUGAGCAUGCUAGGAACAGACCAGUCUUUUUUUCAUCGUUCCAUCCUGAUGCAGCACAGAUGAUGCGGGAACUCCAGAGCUUGUAUCCUGUACUUUUCCUAACAGAAGGAGGGACAUCGAAACACCACGAUCCAAGGAGGAACUCGUUUGACGACGCCGUCCGGGUAUGCCUAGAGUACGAUCUGCACGGGAUCGUGUCAGAAGCGAGAGGCGUUCUCAAGAACCCAUCCGCGGUCGCCAGAGCACAAGAAUCUAACCUCGCGCUUCUCACGUACGGGCAGCUCAACAACGUGUGGGAGGCAGUCUACAUCCAAUACCUGAUGGGCGUGCACGGCGUCAUCGUUGACCGGGUGGAGGAGAUCUCGGACGCCGUGGCCGGUUUUGGUCUGGGGAAACCAGGCCUUGGCCGGGGCGGUGCUGGCGUGGACGGAGCGAAAACGCAUCAGGCUCAGGCCUUCUCGCAGCAGCAGCUGGGGUUCCUGCUCCGGCUUAUCCCUGAACUGAUUGAGCAGCGGCACUGAAGGACGGUACACCACCAUAUGUAACAUCCCAGUUUUUGACCCCCCUCGAAGCGGAUGGCAAGCAUUCGCCUUUGGGGUCAACACUUCUCCUGACUGACUGACUGGCAGGUCCGAUUUGACAGCUUAGGAGGUAUACUUGUGCUGCGUGCACACACUCUUCUGUAUAGUCUGAAAACUCGCGGUUCCUUGUUGGUUCAGUACAGUUACAGCCGACCAUGGACCGUGGUCGAUCUCUUGUUGUUUCAAGUAGGCUCACCAGAAAAAGGUCAGCAAUAUGUAUUGUUGGAAACUUGUAUGAUUGUGACGUGUGUUGUUAACAACCAGGGAUGAAAACCGUAACCGAAGUCUAUUGUUUCCAUUAAAGAGAAUAUUCUUCGUAUA